ACCAAGAUGACUUAAUGAAAAUUUAGCUUUACGCUUCUAAAGCACGUGUUCAUUUUCAUUUCCCAAGCUGUAAACGGUGCGUUUUAACAUGGAAUCAGAGAAACAGAGCCGGAUAGAGGCUUGGAGAUGUGAGCAGAGGUACUGAGAAUUAAGGGAUAAGAGAAAGUAACAACCAUGGCCGUUAGUCUGAUUGGUCAGCUCCUCCCUCCACUUCCUUCCCCUUCCAAACAAACAACAACCUCUGCAACAUUCUCUCAACUGCAACAAAUCGCAAAGAAUCCUAACCCAAAACCCAUUCUCUUCUCUAACAUACUCUCUUUAGCUCUCACUUUAACCUUAAACUCCCCAUCACCCUCGUUUGCCAUUCCUUCUCUUAACUCUCAGUCUUCCCCACAACUUCCCCCCACCACCCCUUUUACUCAGUCCAAGUUCUUGGAGCUUGGACUGGAAAAUGGGAAAAUUAGGCCUUGCCCAUCCAUAAAUCCAGGUUGUGUGUCAACAAAUGCAAAAUCAUCAUCUUUUGCUUUCCCUUGGAUUAUUCCUGAGAAUUCUACAGAGAAUGCAGUUCAGCAACUGCAAGAAGCAAUCCUGAAAACUCAGAAGAAUGCCAAGAUUGAGGUUGUUGAAGAUACCCCAAAUGGAAAAUAUUUACAAGCUGAGGUAGAUGGAGGGUUUGGCCGGGAUGUGCUGGAGUUUUUAGUGAAGGGGGAUGUUGUUACUUAUAGGUCAAUGGCCAUGAAAGUCACCUAUGUGUACCCUUUCACAACAGCAAUUGGUGACUCCAAGGGACAGGAAGAGAGGUUGAAGAAGAUCAUUGACCAAUUAGGCUGGUAUGCUCCAAGUUUUGAUUCCAUGGAAUAGGCUAUUGGCUAUAUCAUUUUUCCUCACCAAUCCAGUACUUUAAUUCCUUUUUCAUUACCAUAAAUUGGAAAUGCCAUUUGGGGAUAUUGGAAAUGAUAAUUGAAGGUGCAAGAUUAACAAUAUCGUGAAAAUCAUGUUUUAGAAUAACCGUGCAAGUUUGAAUUUUGUAACUUUAUUGCAUUCUCAUGGAUAGAAUUUGCAGUUUCAUCAGUCAGAGAAGGUGAAAACUGCAAAU